CAUUUGAAUUGUUAAGAUUAUUCGUUCCGGGAGAAAAUAAUUGGAUUCGUAAAAGUUUGGAAAUCUUACUUCUUCCUUGUAACUAAUAUUUUUUAAAACGUUAGUUGAUGAGAUAAUUUAAUUGCUUUUUCAGCACUCUUUUGGCAAGCUGUAACUGAAAAGAAUUCACAGUGUUUCUUCCUCUUUCGUGACCAUUACAUACUAUCAAUUUCUAACAAGGAAGUAAAACACAUAACGAGUUUUUCAACCUUCAGCGUGCUUAAGGUAAAGAUGAGAUUUCUUGUCUUGAGAUGUUUAUUCAGAUGCCGAAACGUCAGUGAGGCCGUGACGUGCCGUCAGAUGAGUAUGGCGCGACCCCAAAAUUCGGUGAAUCCCUCGACGAUAUAUCCCCGCUUGGAUUCUGUGGAUCUUAGUGAUGAUACCUCGAAAUGUGAUUCCGGUUUGAAAGAGUUUAAUUUUAAAAACUACCGGGACGCUUACCAGUACAAAACAACAUGGGAAAUCAUACGAGCACUGACAAUAUUGAGAAUGUGUUCGGUGAAUUACUUGGUAGACAACAGCCUUUCGAUGAUGAAGAGGGUACAACGUGCUUCUGGAGUUCGAGGACUUCGAAUUUUUUUAAAGCCAACUUUAUACAACCAGUUCGUAGGAGGCGAGUCAACGAAAGAAAUUCGUGCAUGUGUCCGGAGGUUGGCUGAAACAGGCAUGAGGGCCAUGCUUGCUGCCACUAUGGAGGAAGAUGUUGGUGAAGGAGGAGAUGAGAAUGUUUACAACAAUAAUUGUGAGAGAAUAUUGGAAUCGAUAGAAAUAGUGACAGAAGAAGAUACGCCUUCUCCAAUGAUACAGUUAAAGCUUUCGGGGUUACUGUCAGCAGAUCUUUUGGUUGCUCUUGGAGAUAUCUAUACUACGAUGCCAGAUAAAGUUCGCUUGAUUUCGUCGCUCUCCCAAGAACUUACAGGCCACAGUUUACAUGAACCUCAGUUAGAUGUUCUUGGAGACGAAAAGAAGAAGGCAUUAUCGAAAGCACUCGAAAGAUUUAAGAAAAUUUGUUUAGCAGCUCAGAGAAAAGCUGUCAAGGUACUUGUGGACGCUGAAUAUACAUAUUUGAACCCUGGUAUGAGUGCCCUCACACUGGCUGCUGUGGCUGUUUUUAAUCGAGAUUCACCGAUUAUAUGGAAUACUUAUCAGUGUUAUUUAAAAAACGCACGAUGUAAAGUAGAAGAGGAAAUGAAAAUCAUUCUAGAAGAUUUCGGCUGUCAUUUUGGAGCUAAAGUCGUCCGCGGAGCAUAUAUGGUGCAAGAAAUGAAUCGAGCUGAGAAAUUCCAGAUUGAAUCCCCAGUUUGUGAGAGUUAUGCUGCAACUUCUGAAACUUAUGACUAUGUUAUUUCGUUUCUUCUGAACAAGAAUUCGCAGUUAGGAUUGAAAUGUCAAUUUAUCAUUGCAAGUCAUAAUGAAGAAAGUAUCAAAUUAGCAGUGAAACGAAUGACUGAAUUAAAAAUUGACAGACAGGCUGGUGGAGUUUGCUUUGGACAAUUAUAUGGGAUGUGUGAUUACAUAUCUAAUCCCUUAGCAAAUGCCGGAUAUGCCGUUUACAAAUCCAUUCCAUUCGGUACAAUAGAUGAAGUCCUACCUUAUAUAGCAAGAAGAGCAAUUGAAAAUAAGAGUGUGAUAGAAGGUGGGAGAAAAGAACUAAGUUUACUCAAGAGUGAACUCUCACGUCGGACCCUGGGUAUCUUCAAAUGCAAAGCAUCACAUUCCAGAAGUUAAAUUUCCGAAAGCAAAAUUUGCAAGAUCUGGAUUGCAUAAUUUGCAACUGAAUUUGCACAAUCGAGAUCGCUGAAGAAUGAAAAAUAGAUUAUGCUAUUAAAGGAAAACAUAUAUUCCAAAUAAUUUUUUAAAAAAACACUAAUUAUACUAUUAGCUAGGUAUUUAAAAUGAAUAUCAAUAACUUCUAAAACACUAAUUGUCUAACGUAAUUAAUUACACUCAUGUCCAUAAAUUAAGGAUAAUGCAAAAUUAGGCAAAGGAAGAGUUAGAAGCAAAACAAAUUUGACUUAUUUGUAAAGCUUAUUAUUAAACAAAGGUAAGAGCAAAAA